AUGGCCUCAGAUUCCUCAGAUUCUCCCCUCGUACUCACCCCCGAGCCAACAGGCACGAUGAACCCGAGUACAAGCACAAGCUCGCCAGAUUCUGGUGACCAGAUCGCUGUGAAGAAGUCGAGACGACAGACGGCCUUCUACCCCAACAUGAAGGCGGGCAACAAGCCCCAGAAACCGUUCAGCAGGAGCGCGGCGAAGCGGGAGAGUGUGAUGGCGUUAGGGAGCAUCGAGCAUUUGCAGCACUAUUUUACGAAGACGGGCUUGCAGGCAAAGAAGAACCAGUUAUUAGAGAAACAACAUUAUGGCCUCGUGCCCGCCAUCGGCGUCAAGGGACACACGCCAUUGAGCCCAUCCAUGAGCGGGAUCGAUGAACUCAUGAUGCCGCCAUCGCCCGCUGUGCCAUCGCCUCCUCGCCCCUUGUUCUCGUCACAUGUCAAGACCUACGAUGUGGACCCAGAUUCGCUCCUCCCCGUAGUGAUUGAGGACGUUAUCGCGGUAGCUCAGGACUGGAAACUCGACCAACGACAACCGGAGGCCGAUGGGGAAGAGCUCGACGCACCGUUCGAUGUGCUGGAGGUACUAAAGACGACGACACGCGCGAUUCGGUCGACGAGGAACUACCUCCUGUCAUUGCCAGACGAGAGCGUUGGCACGAUCCGUGCACAGUUCCGGCCCAAGACCCUCCGACCAAACCUUCCAAGUUCAUCAUCAAGCUCCACCUCUCUCGCAUCCUCCACAUCCACGCCAGCAGCAGCGGGCGACGCGUCGCAGGAGCCUAUCACGCUGAUCCGGCGCGCCGCCAUCGAGGUGCUCACUGUGCUGCGGCAUCUAGAAGAGACCUAUCGCCUCCCACUCAGUGACGACGCAUACGACGCGCAGUCCGAUGGCGCCCACUCCAGCUCAAAUGCAAAACCCGGGUCAAGCCCAUCUACAUCCGAGAUCCCCAUCGGUGAGAUGUCGUUCUCCCUCGUCCAGUUACCAGGUCGGCCGGACUCCGUGCCCGUCUGGGAGCAAGAGGACGAUGGGUUCCCUAUCGAGAAUGACGACGACCGCCAGAAGCGGGACGGAUGGGACGAGCGGCUCGUCCUUGGUAGUGGGUGGCUCUACCGCAAGGACGUGCGAUUACAGCAGUUGAGGAAGGAGCGGGGCGUCGUGGCGCGGUAUUUGGAUGUGGUGGAUGAGGUGCUGUUUGACGGUGGGCCGAAACCCGGGGCCAAGACGGGUGAGAGGGGCUGGGAGAGGGUGAGAAGGCAGCGUGAGGGCCGUGCGAGCUCGAGGGCGAAGAAUCGCAGGGUCAGCGCGGGUGACGGAGAGGGCAAUCGACCUGGCAGGAAUCUUGCCAUGUUAGAUACUGGGAGGAGGGUGUCGACGAGCGUGGUGGACAUGAUGAUGAGGGGGAUGAGUAUGUCGGAGGAGCCAGAGGAAAUGGACGGUAUAAAGGAAGAAGAUGAGGAUGAGGAUGAGUUUGUCGAAGAUGAUGAGCUGCCGGAGUGGGCUAAGAGGACGACUUUCGAAGGCGAUGCUCUAGGCCGUGCACACGCUCUCCUAGCGUACUUCCUCCCAUCGACACUACUACCUCACCUUGGUCCACCAAACAAUCGCAUCGCAUUGCUCACAAGCCUUUCCUCAGGGCAGCUGCUCUGCGUCGCUUACAACGCUGCUGUCAGGAAGUCGAAGAAACCUUGGGGAUUUGUGAGCAAAGAUGGGAUACACGACAUCAUUGCGCUCGAGAAGGCUGCUCAAACAAGCGGUGCUGGGGGAGAGGAGGAUGCGGCGAGUGGUGCUAGUGGAAAGAAGGUGUGGACAUUCAGAAGGACCGAUAAUUUGAGACUUUGGGCUGGGGCCCUGAAAAUCCGGUACACCCUGCCAAUUGAAACGCCUUCGCACCUUCUUGCUAUGCAGCCUACGCCGGGUUCGGCAUUUAACACGCCUUUGAGCUCGCCUUCCGGAACGAAGACACGCUUCGCGUUUGGGCCCAGAGGCAAGGACGAUCGCGAGCCGCCAAUAUUAUUUGACCCGCCAGUUGUUGCGAAAAGAGAGCCCGGAUGGGAUGAUAUGCUGGAAGCAGUCCUAACGCGGUGGGUGGACAAAGCGGUAGAGGAACGGAGGAAUGUGCAGUCCUGA